CUUUCUCUCUGUGUCGCGGCGUUGGGUUGGAGCCGCUAUCCCUAGUCUGGCACGUUCCCUUAAUUUUUUGUGUUAAAUUUGAUGCCCCCAUUUUUUUUUUUAGAUUCGACCAUUUGCGACGGCAUUUAAAAUACAUACACGGUCAUCUCCAUACCGGUGUUUCUUUUUAUAAGCAUUUGUCAAAUAUACAAUUUAUUCUGUAAAAUGGCGGUGUUAAGCGGGUCGUCUGGGCCGGUUGCCCGGCUUGAGGGCCGUGAAUUCGAAUACUUGAUUAAAAAGCGCUCGGUGACUAUCGGUAGGAACUCGUCUCAGGGCUCGGUGGAUGUGAGCAUGGGUCAUUCCAGUUUUAUUUCUCGAAGACAUCUCGAAAUAUUCACUGUUAGUGACGAUAGCACUGGUGGUGGAGACUUCUACUUGCGAUGCCUCGGCAAAAAUGGGGUGUUCGUGGAUGGAGUGUUCCUCAGACGGGGUGCCCCUCCUCUACAACUACCACGAAUGUGCACUUUCAGGUUUCCCAGCACAAAUAUCAAGAUCACAUUCACAGCCCUGUCCAGUGGAAAGAGGGAGAAGCGUGAGGCGCCUGAGUCUCCAGUAAAACCAGUCCACAUCUCUCCACUCACCAUAAACAUUCCAGACAACAUCGCCCACCUCAUAAGCCCCCUGCCCUCACCCACCGGCACCAUCAGUGCUGCCAACUCGUGCCCCUCCAGUCCCAGGGGAGCGGGCUUGUCCGGCUACAGGAUGGGCCGCAUCGUUAGCUCUGCAGAGCUACAGCUCAUAAACGACAACUCCCAGUCAGAGAACGACAAGGAGGCCUCAGGAGGGGACAGCCCCAAGGAUGAUUCCAAACCGCCAUACUCCUAUGCACAACUGAUAGUCCAAGCCAUUACAAUGGCACAGGACAAGCAGCUCACGCUGAACGGAAUAUAUACUCACAUCACCAAAAACUACCCCUACUACAGGACUGCAGACAAAGGCUGGCAGAACUCGAUCCGUCACAAUCUGUCACUGAACCGCUACUUUAUUAAAGUAGCCAGAUCGCAGGAGGAACCGGGCAAGGGCUCGUUCUGGAGGAUAGACCCGUCCUCAGAGGGCAAGCUCAUGGAGCAGGCCUUCAGGAAACGAAGGCCGCGGGGUGUGCCCUGCUUCAGGACCCCCCUCGGACCCCACUCCUCCAGGAGUGCCCCAGUCUCCCCUAAUCACUCUGGGGUGCUCUCGGCCCACUCGAGUGGGGUGCAGACCCCUGACAGCCUAUCCCGAGAGGGUUCCCCUGUCCCCAUGGAACCAGAGCCCGCUCUGGCCCCGCCCCCUGCCACGGCAGUCCAGCCCAAACUAGCUGUCAUCCAGGAGGCCCGCUUUGCACAGAGUACACCAGGCUCUCCUCUCAACAGCCAACCGGUGCUCAUCACGGUUCAGCGUCAGUUACCUCAGACCAUAAAGCCGGUGACCUAUGCCGUGGCCACGCCUGUGACUACCAGCACCAACCAGAACCAGCAGCCCGUCAUGCAGACUGUGCACGUUGUCCACCAGAUCCCUGCCAUGUCUGUCACCAGCGUGGCCGGGCUCAGCACCGCCAACACCUACACAGUGGCCACCCCCACCAUGGUCACCCUCCAGACUGAGCCCCAGGAGAACGGAGACUACUCAGAGGCCAAAGUAAAAGUAGAAUCUGUUCCAACCAUCACCCAUGCCUCUAUAGGCGGUGGCAGUCGCAUCAUCCAGACGACCCAGUCGGCCACGCCCUUUAAGACGCUGACCUCAGUGCAGCCGGCCCUGGGCCAGCACCAGCUCCCCAUAAAGACCAUCGCACAGAACGGCACCCACCUGAUGCCAAUGCAGGCCGCUGCAGCCACAGCUGUUGCGAGUCCUCUCCACUUGCUGGCCACUCACGCCUCCGCUUCAGCCUCCCUCCCGACCAAACGACAGAACGGAGCCCAGGCGGCCAGCGAUCAGCCCAACGCUAAGCGCAUCAAAACAGAGGAAGGGGACAGCGCCACCCCCACCGCAACACGCGUAGCAGAUACGGACUCGUCGGCAGCCAAUGACCAAGCCAGCCACCACAACUAGUCUUCUAUAACAACACCACACCAUCUUGUUUUUUUUUUCUUCCUACCAUUUAUUUCCCCCUUCUUCCAUUGACUCCCAAGGUGCCAAAAGGAGAAGAUUUUCAGUUGGUUUAACCAUUGUAGAGGAUUGGAAAAUAUGACCACCCCUUUAAAAAAAAAAAAGACUGAAGAGAAUAUUUAGUUGAGAUUUGAAAAAAGGACAACUAGGACAAAGUAGAACUCUAAUUUGAAGGUACCCCUGUGAGACAUCGCCACGGAGGAGGAUGACGACUACUCCAAGACCA